AUGGCUCGAAAGAUGGAGCGAGCGUUUUGGUCAGCAGUUCGUAAUAACGCUGUUGAAGAACUGGCGACGCUAAUUUCUGAUAUUGACUUCAAUCCUGGCGUCUCUAUCGACGUAACCUGCCUACGUGAUGAGUUCAGGCGGACGGCGGUGGAGGUUGGCGUGGACAGCGGGUCGCUAGAGGCGGCUGAGCUGCUGCUGGACCGCGGGGUACCCGCCGGUCGGGCUCUGCUGUACGCGGUCGACAGGGAGAACAUAGAAGCUGUAGAACUUCUGCUGGACAGGGAAACGUCGGGAGUCGAAGAAUUGUGUGGAAGUCUGGAGAUGGAGACCGGUGCCUUCCAGUCUGACAUGACACCUGUGAAGAUGGCCGCCACUCGGAACAACUACGACAUCCUCAAACUCCUGUUGGACCGUGGCUUUCCUGUCCCUUCUCCAGACAUUUAUAACGAAUGGACGACAGUUGAAACCACCCGUGCCUGGUUCACAGCUUACCAGGCCGUCAGUAGCCCUUCCCUGAUCUUACUCACCAGCCCCGACCCGUUCCGGACAUGUUUUCAGAGGGCCCGAGCUUUGCGCGAUGCCUGCUGGAAGCGGGAAAACUACCGCAUUCAACUGGAGGAGUUGGCGGACCAGUGCGAGACGUUCGCCUGUGAACUGUUGGAUGAGGUGCGGGACUCGGAUGAGCUCGACACCGUUUUCGAGUUUAACCACGGAGAGGCCACUGAUAAAGAUUUGCGAGGAACGUUAGAGACGGCUGUGGAAAUGAAGCAGAAGAAGGCCGGGAGGGUGAUGAAGAUUCCGAUGAUCCGUGGAACGUGCUGGUUCUUUUCCGUCAUGGACCUGCUCUUCAUCCUGAUAGUGGAAGCACAGAUGUACCGGGUGAGCAGCGAGGAGUUGGACAACAUGGUGCAGAAUAUCCCGACCUCUGGGUUAAGACUGAACUGGACACAGUCUUUCAUCUUCAUCUGGAUGUCUGGAUUCUUCGUUGAGCAAAUCAACGCAGUUUGGUACCAAGGAGGACUCAGUCAGUACUUCAAAACCUUCUGGAAUCUGUUGGACUUCAUGGCAGUUUCACUAUACGCUACGUAUAUCACCUUACGAUUUUGGGCCGUUGUACAGUGGGAAACCUACUACGACCACGAUAUUUCCCUGGAUUGGGAAGCGAGGGCUAGAUGGAACAGCUUCCAGCCGGUCAUGGUGGCCGAUGCCUUGUUCGCCAUCUUUACCAUGGUUGUGUUUCUACGGGCCAUGUACUUUCUGCGCAUGUCCCGGUAUCUGGGGUCUCUCCAGAUCUCGUUCGGUCGGAUGGUGAUGGACAUCAUCAAGUUCGUCAUUUUCCUCGGCCUCGUGGAUAUCGCGUUUGCUUGCGGUUUCAACCAUCUCUACUGGUUUUACGGGUCUGUGCACAACUACCUCUGCGAGAAGUAUCAACAGAGCAACUUGAUGAACGUCGGGUGCUCUAAAGCCCACGGUUAUGGCACCCUCUCAAAUACGAUCCUGUCUCUGUUCUGGGCGGAGUUCGGCAUGGCCGACCUCUCCAUGCUGGAGCUGAAGCCCACGAAAAGCCCUGUGGAGGCGCUCCAGAUCCACGAGCAGCCGGUCUUUACCGAAGUGGUGGGGACGGCCAUGUUCGCGCUGUAUCAAGUGGUGGCCGUACUUGUACUUCUCAACCUGCUGAUAGCCAUCAUGAGCACGUCCUACCAAGUGACUGAGGACAACAAAGACCAGGAGUGGGCGUUCUGCUUUGUCAGCGACACUCUUUCCGUCAAGAGAGGGAACAUGUCUCUCCCGCCGCCCUUCAACCUGCUCAUGCUGCUGAAAACCGGUCUGAUCUGGUUAUUCCAGUCGUCACCGUGUGGCGUCACGGAGUUCAAACUGUCAAGACCAGGCGGACAGCAAAAAUACCAAGCAGUUAUCGACAAACUCGCCAAGCGGUACCGUCUCCGGAAAGAGAGAGAAAACACCGACUGAGACUCGUCAAACCAGAUCAGGCGCCUGUGCUCUAGAUCUAUGCCUUAGCAUAUUCCUUACAACCCUGAUCUUGUUCAACUGUACUGAAUAGUAUAUGUGAUAUGCAAAAUAUAAAAGAUGUAAAGUAGAUAUAACGCAUGAAGUAAAUAAUAAGAGAACGAAAUGCGCAAAAAGUAACUGUUGAGAUGCAAAAUAUACUAUACAUAUAAGGAGGUUUAGCAUAUUGGAGUACAAAAACAUACAAUAUAAAUUAAUGGCAGUAGUCAUAGAGUGAGUGAUUGAGUACUAGUGACCCAAACUUAUCAGUUUCUACGAAGAAAGUGUGAGGAAAAUCCGAACAGAGUG